UUAUUUUAAUUACAUUAUCAUGUUCAAUUUAUUUGAGCAAUGGCGAGUGGGUACUGGAGUGGCAGGAUGAGUUUGAUGGUAAUACCGUAAACCUGGAUAACUGGGAGUAUUCCGAUAUGUGCGAGGGCAAAACUCCAUCUCAACCAUGGGGUAACCACGAACUCCAGUGUUACGCCAAUGACAAAAAUAACGUGCGCGUGGAAAAGGGUAACCUCGUACUGACGGCUACGCCACUGAACACCCCUCAACGGGAGCACAACUAUACAUCGGGCAAACUGAUCGGCAAAAAGGGGUUUACUUACGGCAAGUUUGAGAUGAGGGGUCGGGUGCCCAAAGGCAAACACCUGUGGCCGGCCUUCUGGAUGCUGCCCAAGGACUUCGUGUACGGCUCGACGUUUGCCGCCUCCGGUGAGAUCGAUAUCAUGGAACUCAGGGGCGACGAACCCGGAAAAAUAGAGUCAACCAUUCAUUACGGCGGAACGAAACCGAACUUCAAAUCCAGUGGCGGAUACGUCGGUGACUUUUACCGUUCGUUCGCCGAUGACUUUCACACAUUCGGAUGCAUUUGGAGUAAUACGUCGAUUGACUUCUACGUCGACGACCUGGUGUUUCAUAGGGAGCGCAUCGAUCGCAGUAUGUACUCCGGGUCGGGACCCAACCCGUACACCAAAAACGGACAGCCCUUCGACAAGGACUUCCAGAUUAACCUGAAUCUGGCGGUCGGGGGAGCUUUCUUUGAACCCCCGGAGAUUACGGAGGCCGACGCCCGCAAAUGGCCUCAACCCUCGUAUGUCAUCGAUUACGUCAGGGUUUAUAAACAGAAAAAUUAAUUUAACACGUUAUUUAUGAAUGGGUUUAAUUAAUAUUGUUUAUUAUUGUGGAU